AUGGCUGGCCCCGGCGGUGGUCCUUCCAGGCGCAGCCACACAAAGUCUCGAAAGGGUUGCAAAACUUGCAAGAGGAGGCACAUUCGCUGUGACGAGACAUUCCCACAAUGCCGCAAUUGCACAAAGCACCAAGUCCGCUGCGACUACAUGGACAGUCCCACGGCCGUUCUGCCAGAAUCCCCUCAAUCGCCCCAGCAACCCAACCUGCUCUGGACCCCAGAAAUCGAGGCCACCAUUGAACUUUGGAGACACACGGGCGAGUUUCCCUUCCCAGAGCUUCGCGUCUAUCCUCACCCACAAUGGCGGGCCUUGACCAUGGUGGACCUGCGCCUCAUACAUCAUCUGUCUUCGAUUUCCAACGAGAUGUUCAGAAACGGCACCUCAAAAUCCACCCUCUGGACAGACAUGAUGCCCAAAUUCCUGAGCAUUGCCGCCUCCCAUUCGUUCGUUAUGCACAGUAUACUCGCGUUUUCUGCCUCACAUCUGGCAUGGAUCUCUCAGUCAACCGAAACACGUAAUCUUGCCUUUCACCACGCCAGUCUGGCCCUCAAGGGCUUGCACGACGGAAUCACGAAUUUCACGAAACACAACUCGGAUGCCAUACUGGCAUCUUCUCUUUUACUUGCGUGGCAGGCCACUGACUGGCGAGGCUGGGCUUCUCUGGUUACUGGCACAAAAACAGUCAUUCAGUCGAUGCAGCCCUGGAGGCACGAGUCAUUGUUUGCCGACUACAUCGCAGAGCACACGCCCAUGCCUAACCGACAUUUCAUGAACCCCAUCAGCACCAUGGUCUCGCAAGAAGCACGACGAGAACACAUGAACGCCCUUGCCGACAUCCACGCCUCUCUGCAACGCCUGCAGCCGUACCUGGUGCGCAACGAACAGGAAUCCAAAUGGGUAGAUCAGCUCAAGGGCUACCUCGACCGCUUGAGGUCUUCGAGCCAGCCACAGAGCCCGGAAGAGCAGUUCAACCAGCUGUACGCCCUGCGCAAGUGGCUGUUCUGGGUGCCCAUUUCGCUUCUGGCCGCCAAACGCGGAGACGUGACGGUGCUGGUCAUCCUCGCCCACUUCUACGCCACGGCGCUGGCCUUGGAGCCCAUGUUUCCCGACGUUGCAUCCGUCUUCGUCGCCGACCUGUCUCUUCGCCCACUCGAGGAGAUUACGCAGCUGGUGCAAGGAUUCCAGGAUCCUAGAUACGGCUCCCACGUACAGACCAUGGCAUACCUGAUUCGAUUCCCCAUGGACAUGGCAGCAUCAUACAAGGCACGGCGCGACUGGGCGAGACAACAGAGCGUGGCCGUGGCUCCCAUGCAGCAGCAGCCGCCGGCCUAUGCGCUCGAGUCGAUCAAUCAAGAUCUCGAGAACCAUAUUGCUCAGUACAGCUAUGGCCAAAGCCUGUCGCCUGCGUUUGCACCGUCGCCGCUUACGUUUGUGUCGCCUGGCAUGGCGUCGACGCCGACAUCGCCCUACCUCGAGGUUCCUCGGUCGGCACCCGUGGAUGCUUAUGGAACAAGCAGCACGUCGUAUACUUCAUCGAAUAGCUAUGCGUCUCCCCUGGGGUCACCUGCAGCGCUGCUGCCGCCUUACUCGGCCCCGCAAGAGCACGCCAUGGCAUUCGGAAUGCAAUCGGGUUAUCCCAGCGGGUUCGUGGCUACACCUAUCUGGACGUGA